AUGACUACACGACACCUCUCCAACGCGGCUGAAAACAACCAACACGAAUCGAGCGAGUUUGAGAUUCGACGCGCCGCGUUUGUCGGAGAGAUUGGAGAGUCGUUAGAGCAGGUUCUUGUGCAGAUCAACGCUUUGAAUCGGAGCCUGGAGGGCAUCAUUGAGAUUGGAAAUGAGUUCUCUUCGGUCGAAGCACUCUGGAGCCAGUUCGAAACGGUGAUGGGAAGGGAAGAUGACAAUGCUCAGGCACAGCCCGCGACUGGCCAGGAACAAGAAUCCAGCACCAGAGAUCACGGCCAUGGCGAGCACAGUUGA